GUUAGUAAUCUCUAGUUUCAUGAGACCUAUAGUUUUAUAAUAUGGCAGCUGCUGUCGAGCUCUAUAAACCUGGUGUACAAGUUUGGGUCGAAGACGAUGAGGAAGCUUGGCUACAAGGCACUAUUAUUAAUGUUGAGCCUGAUUCUUAUAAAGUUUUGACACCAAAAAAAGGAGAACAAACAUUCGCUUCCCCCCCGCCUCUCUGCAAUGAACCGGAUCAGUGGCAACUCAAUGAUAUGACGAAUCUUAACUUUUUGCAUGAGCCUGCACUUCUGCAGACCUUGCAAGUACGUUUCCAACAGGAUUUGAUCUACACUUAUUCCGGAAUUGUACUGGUUUCUGUUAACCCCUUCAAAAGUCUUCCUUAUUUGUACGAUGCUAGCACUCUUGAACUUUACCGAGGCCAACAGUUGGGGCAACUCGACCCCCACCUAUUCGCUGUGGCUGAGGAGUCCUACCAAUGCCUCUGCAGGACCCUCCAAAGUCAAUCAAUUAUCAUAAGCGGCGAAUCAGGUGCAGGAAAGACAGUUUCGGCUAAGUUUGUUAUGCGCUACUUGGCCAUCAGCUGCGGAACGGACGUGAAACAAAGUAGUGGAAAUGUAGAAGAUCAAAUAUUAGCGUCCAAUCCGAUUUUAGAAGCUUUUGGGAACUCCAAAACGACUAGAAACGAUAACAGUUCUCGUUUCGGUAAGUUUAUGCAACUUCAGUUAUCAGAAAAGAAAGUGAUUUCAGGAGCGGUCAUAAGGACUUAUUUGUUGGAAAAGUCAAGAAUAGUAACGCACGCCUCUCAAGAAAGAAAUUAUCAUAUAUUUUAUCAGCUGUUAGAAGGACUGGACUCUAACAAAAAAGAGGCGUGGAAACUCACCAAUUGCGGAGACUACCGCUACACCAAUCAGGGUGUGGCCCAUGUGCCCGACGUGGAUGAUAAUAAGGACUUUUUAUCGGUUUGUAGUGCCAUGAGAACGCUUGGAAUGAAGGACGACACAAUUGAGUCGAUAUGGAAAAUAAUAAGCGGUAUCUUGCAUAUGGGAAAUAUUAUAGGGGCGGAUCGCGGGAUAAGCAACCAGGAUUCCGCGCUUCUUGCGAGCUCAAAGUUAUUAGAUAUUGAUGACAAGUUGCUUCUGACGUGGAUCAAUAAAAGAAAAAUAGUGGCCGGAAAGGACGUAAUGCUGAAGCCGAACACCAAAAACGAGCAAUACGACGCUAUUGAUGCUUUGGCAAAAGCCGUUUAUUCCAGAAACUUUGAUUAUCUUGUUGAAAUCAUCAACUCUGCUACGGCUAAAGAGGAGCAUUUAUUUAUUGGAAUUCUUGACAUUUACGGGUUCGAAAGUUUCGAUAAAAAUUCGUUUGAGCAAUUCUGUAUUAAUUAUGCCAAUGAAAAUCUACAGCAGCAAUUCAAUUCUCAUGUUUUUAAGAAGGAACAGGAAGACUACGUCAAAGAGGGCAUCAAUUGGUCAUUUAUCGGCUUUACAGAUAACAAACCAUGCUUGGAGUUAAUAGAGUCCAGAGCGGGUAUAAUUGCUUUGCUGGACGAAGAGUGCAUUAUGACAAAAGGUUCCGACGAGAACUUUUGUGAUAAAUUAUAUAACAACUUUAAAGAGCAUGAAUUUUUUUCAAAACCCAAACUUUCUGGUAAACGGGCCUUAUUUACUAUUUCACACUUCGCUCAGAAAGUAACUUACGACGCUGCUGGCUUUCUCGAGAAAAAUAAAGACAAAAUUGCUGAUGAAUUAUUGGACGUCGUCCGCCAGUCAAAAAUGCCGUAUCUUCAGGGACUUUUUCCUUCCGUGCAGAAACCGCCAGAAGAAGAGGCCAAGCGCGCGCCCAAAAAACCGCUGACAGUCGGUUCAAAAUUCAAAGCCUCCUUGCGGUUGCUAAUGGACACCAUAUAUACCACCAACACUCACUACGUUCGCUGUUUAAAACCAAAUAUGGCAAAACUACCGGGCCUUUUUUCACGAAGUCACAUGCUAGAACAGCUGCGGGCUUGCGGAGUUCUUUCUACAAUAAAAAUAAGUCAAGCCGGUUUUCCUGGGAAAGUCGAAUAUAACAAGUUUUUUGAACGAUUUCGUCCACUAACGUGGACUUCUGGAGACGAUGUGGUCCAGCGGAGCAAAGAAAUCGUAAAAGAAUAUGUGAAGGAAGGAAACUAUCAGUUUGGAAAAACAAAAGUCUUCUUUAGAGCAGGUGAACUGGGUUUGCUCGAGGCAAAAAGAAAUGACGUACUGAAUAGCGCUAUUAUAAACAUGCAAGCUUUUAUUAGAGGCAGUGUUCAGAAAACAUAUUAUCAUGUUGCAGUUCAUUCUGUUGUCCUUAUUGAAACUAUGUCUCGUUUGUUUAUGGCGAGAAAAACUCUGAGAAGUUUACGGGAGUCUUAUUCAGCUUUACUUAUUGAAACGACGUUUAGAAGCUUUCUUUAUUGCAAAUUCUUCAAACAAUCCGUAACUGCUAUUUUUAUUCAAAAACUUUUUCGCGCCUUCGAAAUUUAUAAGCAAUAUAAAAGUUUACAAGUGGCUCAUUACUCGGCAGUUCUUAUCCAAUCAUGUUACAAAUAUUUUUCCACACAAAAAACGUAUCGAAGGACACUUGACAUCAUUGUCUACUCUCAAUCGUGUGUUCGGAGGAAAGCGACUGCUAAACAAUACCGAAUUUUACUUGCCGAGUCACGUGAUCUCCGGAACCAACAUAAAGAAAUCACCGAAAAGGCCUCCAAACUGGAGCUAAAAGUUGUGGAGCUUUUGCAAGAGAAUGAAAUGAUCAAAAAACUUUAUAAUGAAAAAGAACGGGAGCUACUUGUUAAAAUAUCCGCGUUGGAUAUGAAUCUGAAUGUGGAGCGCAAGAAAAAUAGUGAACUGCUAGAAAAAAUUGACCAAUUAACGAGGGACAGUAACUCAUACGCCCAAAGAGUGACUAAGCUUCAAAAUGAAUUGGUGAGUGUACAGAACGCAAUGAAAAGCUCUCAACAACUUGAAACACGUGCUAGUGAAAAGCAUUUAGCUACAGAACUUUAUGCCGAGAAGAAACUCCUGGACGAAUACGUGGAUGUCGAGACGCACGAGACUCUUCAGAGAUUAACGCUUCUGCAAUCAUUAAACAUCGAACUCGAGAAGGAGAAUGAACUUUUAAGAAAAGAAGUUUCUGAGCUGAAGCGCUCUCCUUCGCGAACACCCAGUAAUGAACUUCUACAAAAAGACCAGCAAAUACAACUACUUACUAGUAAAAACGCGCAACUCCUUAACGAACUCAAUGAACUGAGUGAAAAAUUUCUUGCGUUUUCACAGAGUAACACAUUAAAAAGUUCCAGCCAAACGAGUAUUUCUAGUAAAAGAUCCCAUAGAAGAUUUUCUGAUGCGAAUAGUAUAUCCUGCUUGGCUUCAAGUAUAGAUGAUUUAGUAGAUCUGAAAGAUUCUCAAGAAUGUUUCGAACUUCAAGAAACGUUGAGUAAAAAUAGUGAUGUGCCGAAUGGAAUACAAAUGUUUCAGUAUAACAGCUACGAACUUCCUGAGUUGUUUCACAGCCUAUCUAGCUGCAAUAGCGAUAAUUGUUCCGGAAAGCCGGCCGUGGCUUUUGUUAUUUCCCGCUGCUUGCGUUAUACCGUUUAUUUUAACCUAACAGAAGAUCGAAAUAUUAUUUGCCAAAGUUUCAUUAAUAUGGUUAAAAAAUAG